CCAGUUCCGGUUCAUGAACUUCUCCUCCUAUAUAUACUCUCCCCUCCUCCUCCAUUCUUCAUCACUCUCCAAACUCCAGUUCAAAAUUUCAAAUCAAUCUCCACCUCUCCCUCUCUCUCUCUCUCUCUCUCGCUCGCUCUGACCAGUUUCCGAAAAUGGGUUCUCCUCUCUCGCUCCAAUGGCUCGUCUUCUACGUUCUUCUUCUUCAACUGAGCUUACCCAACCUCUGUUCCGGAUCGAGGAAGCUCGCCGCCCUGUACCAGCCGCCUCCCAUGGUGGCGAAGUACCACAACGGCCUCUUGCUCGACGGCGACCUCCGCGUCUCCAUCCUCUGGUACGGUAAGUUCACGCCCGCCCAGAAGUCGAUCGUCUCCGACUUCCUCCUCUCCCUCACUCCCCAGCAGACCCAACACCAGCCGCCGCCGUCGGUCCCCUCCGCCGCCAAGUGGUGGAGCACCGUCCAAACCUACCUGCAGAAGGCCGGCAAGAAACAGACCCGCGUCGCGUUGGCGAGCCAGCUCGACGACGAGAGCUGCUCUAUGGGCAAAUUGCUGAAGCGGGCUCAGAUCACCGAGUUGGCCCAGAAGCUCAGCUCGAGGCCCGGCGCCGGUGCCGGCGAGCUGGCCCUCGUCCUCACGGCCCAGGACGUCGCCGUCGAGAGCUUCUGCGUCAGCGGCUGCGGCACCCACGGCUCGGUCGGGCGGCAGGCGUUCAUCUGGGUCGGCGACUCCGCGAGCCAGUGCCCGGGGCAGUGCGCGUGGCCGUUCCACCAGCCGAUCUAUGGCCCGCAGUCGCCGCCGCUCGUCGCGCCGAACGGCGACGUCGGGGCCGACGGGAUGGUGAUCAACGUCGCGAGCCUCCUGGCCGGGACGGUGACGAACCCGUUCGGGGACGGGUACACAGCCGGCGCGCCCGGCGCGCCGACCGACGUGGCGUCGGCAUGCACGGGGAGCUUCGGGAAGGGGUCGUACCCAGGCUACGCCGGGGAGCUGCUGGUGGAGUCGGGGACGGGCGCGAGCUACAACGCGGAAGGGGUGAACGGGCGGAAGUACCUGUUGCCGGCGCUUUUUGACCCGACGAAAUCGCAGUGUGCUACGGUGGUGUGAGAGAGAGGCCUCUUGAGCCGACACGUGUCUUCCUGCUGUAUAUAUGCCUGCUCUGUUGUCCCAUGUAUAUAAUGAUGUCAUAAUCGACCGCUUUAUUUGAUUUGAGUAUAUCCUAUUUUCGCCGUUAUAAUGGAAUUGUCAUUUCUAUAA